CGUAACAUGAGGUAGAAAGUAUCUGCAGGCAGGAGAAAUAACCGUAUAAUACCACAGGACAGGGCACCAGCAUGGCCGCAGCGCUCAAUGGAAAGUACGAGCUGGUAUCACAGGAAAACCUGGAGGAAUAUCUCAAAGCUUUAAAUCUGAACGUUGCUCUGCGCAAGAUUAUUUUACUUCUGCGCCCAGAGAAAGAGUUUGAAGUGGACGGUAACCGCGUGAUUAUGAGAACGCUCAGCACCUUCCGGAACUACUUCAUGGAUUUCAUCUUGGGGGAAGAAUUUGAAGAGAACAUGGGUAUUUUAGAUGGACGAAUCUGCAAGACCACUGUAUCCUGGGAAGAUAACAAGCUGGUGUGUGUGCAGAAGGGUGAGGUCCCGAACCGUGGCUGGAAGCAGUGGCUGGAGGGAGAUUUAUUGCUUACGGAGCUGACGGCGGGGGAUGCAGUCUGCAUACAAACCUACCGCAGAGUAUAAUGGAGAAGAAGAUUGUGACCCUGCAAACACGGAAUCUUCCGGAUGAUGUCUCCAUAGGAAUAUGUUUUCACUUGAUUGUUGUCAGCUCUCUUCAUAUCACUGCUGUCACGUUCCAGGAGAAGGCCAAUGGAUGUUGGUGACCAGGGCACCAGGGGGGCGACCAUUGAUACGCUCAGGGUGAUCCGAUCACUGUCUACAGGGAUAGAGGUGGACCUGGCGCCAUAACAGUCUAUCUCUGUGAACCUACAGCCCCCUUCAUUGAUUGUACGAAGCCUGAUGAUAAAACAGUUAAAGGGAUGUUCUAUUUUUCUGCAAGUUGCGUGCAAGCUUAUUGGCGGUGCGCUGCUAUCCCGUGUGCUGGCCGCUUCUGGCAUCAAGUGCCAUACUUUGGGCACUUGACCCUAGCCUGGGGUUAGCACCCGCAGCACAUGUGGAAGUCUGAAGCG